AUGGGUGUCCCUAAGCUCAUCUUCGGCGCUGCUUCCUUUGGCAUGAACUUUGUCACUCCUGAAGAUGUACAGGAAGUUCUCAAUUAUCUCAAAGAGAACAACAUCACCCACCUCGACACUGCCGGCAGAUACCCUCCUACUUCGCCUGGGCGCUCUGAGGAACUGGUCGGCGAGACCAAAGCUGUCACUCAGGGCUUCACUAUCGACACUAAGAUCCUCACGUUGUCUCCGGAUCACCGUGGCGAGUUGAAAAGGUCUGCAAUUGAAAAGUCCAUCAACACCAGUUUGCAGCGCAUGAGUGUCGAGCAGGUCAACACUCUCCACAUCCACUUUCCAGACCUAGAGACCCCAUUGAAAGAACAGGCGGAGACUUUCGACAGUUUGCACAAAGCUGGAAAGUUCAAAAAUCUCGGUGUCUCCAACUUCCAACCAGAGUUCCUGCAGGAAUUCAUCGACAUUUGUGAGGCUAAUGGCUAUAUCAAGCCCACUGUCUACCAGGGCGACUACAGUGCCGUCAAUCGGGGCAUGGAAAAGAAACUCCUCCCAAUCCUGAAGAAACACGGUAUUGCCUACAAUGCAUUUCGAGUCCUGGCCUCUGGCUUUCUGUCCGGCAAACUCACCAAUGGCAACGCCGAAGGCACACGCUUCGAUGGCGAUGGCCCCAUGAACAAAUUCAUGCAGAGCCUUUACAACCAGGAAUUGUUGCACAACGCGCUGAAGCAGCUGGAGAAAACAACACGCACUCUUGGAAUCACAACUAUUGAUGCCGCGCUGCGGUGGGCGUACUACCAUUCUUCACUGGAAGAGAAUGAUGGAAUCAUUCUCGGAGCCAGUUCCAUCAAGCAGAUCAAGUCCAAUGUUGAGAGCAUCAGUCGGGGUCCAUUGCCGCAAGAGUGCCUCGAUACAUUCGAGCGUAUUUGGGAGACAUUGGAGCCAGCGAGAGGAGAUAUUCUGUAA